UUUACAGCGGUUCAGCCUGUAGUAGCCUAGAGGCGCACUCCUGUCUCCCCUCCAUAAAUCCACUCCUCAUAUCAUCUGUCAUUAGUUACCUAUAUCUUCGGAAUCAGUACAUUUUUUGAACAGUUAGGAAACAUCUCCAAAUGGCGUCGCCUCUGAAAGUGUGCAUUGUCGGCUCUGGAAACUGGGGUUCAGCCAUUGCCAGGAUAAUCGGCAGUAAUGCUCAGGCCCUGCAGCGUUUCGCCACCACAGUCAAGAUGUGGGUGUUUGAGGAGAACGUGGACGGCAGGAAUCUCACAGACAUCAUCAACACAGACCAUGAGAAUGUCAAGUACCUGCCUGGAUACAGGCUGCCUGACAACGUGGUGGCUGUACCUCAGCUCCAGGAUGCUGCUGAGGGGGCUGACCUCCUAGUGUUCGUGGUUCCUCACCAGUUCAUCAGGAAGCUGUGUGAUGAGAUGGUGGGCUGUGUCUCCUCCCAGGCCAGGGGAAUCACACUCAUUAAGGGAAUAGACGAGGGUCCGGAGGGCCUGAAGCUCAUCUCGGACAUAAUCAGGGAGAAGAUGGCUAUAGACGUCAGUGUUCUGAUGGGAGCUAACAUCGCCAACGAGGUGGCAGCAGAGAAGUUCUGUGAGACCACCAUCGGCAGUAAGAUCAUGGAGAACGGCCUGCUCUUCAAGGAGCUCCUACAGACUCCUAACUUCAGGAUCACAGUGGUGGACGAUGCAGACACUGUAGAGCUCUGUGGAGCCCUGAAGAACAUCGUAGCGGUAGGAGCAGGGUUCUGUGAUGGGCUGAGGUGUGGGGACAACACCAAGGCAGCGGUAAUCAGACUAGGACUGAUGGAGAUGAUAGCCUUCGCUAAGCUCUUCAGUAAAGAUGGCGUCGUCUCCUCUGCAACCUUCCUGGAGAGCUGCGGCGUGGCUGACCUCAUCACCACCUGCUAUGGAGGACGCAACCGACGCGUGGCCGAGGCCUUCGCCAAGACAGGAAAGACUAUUGAGGUCCUGGAGCAGGAGAUGUUGAAUGGACAGAAGCUCCAGGGUCCUGCUACCUCAGCUGAAGUCUACCACAUCCUCAAACAGAAGGGACUGGUGGAUAAGUUCCCUCUGUUUGUGGCAGUGUAUCAGAUCUGUUUCGAGGGCAAGCCGGUACAGGAAAUGAUCUCCUGUCUACAGAGUCACCCAGAGCACCUGUGAGUGCAGCUAGCUAGGAGCUGUUGUCACACACCUUGAUGAAGCCUUCCAUCCAGACUGUGUGUUGGCUAUAUGAAAGAGUGCAGAGGAUCCACUGAAGGACAGAUGACUACAGUUGUAAUGGAUGGAGAAUAGGCCCACGGUGAGUCACUAUACAACAUUUCCAACAGCAGAGACAUGUCUUAUAGUCGACAAAGAAUAACAGCAUGCAUCUUAUGUAAAAUAAAAGAUCUUUGAUCGUGAAUGUGAUUUUGAAGGGGUUUGUUUCACAUCCAGAUUCCGUCCAGAUUCCACCUCCAAAAAAAGAGGGGAUGACCCGUAAUGUCUAAGGAUCUUAGUCUAGCGGGACAAACUACGAUGUGGAGCUAUUCUAUGUUGGGUCUUUUUGCCCAUAGUAAAAACCAACAACCGCAGUAGAUCAGUUCCAUCAUCCAUAAGCGGUUGAUUGCUCUAGUCUGAAAUCCCUGCGGUGAAUUAACUUCUAGUCCUCAUCCUCAUCCUCUCCGAAAGAGAGAAGACUCUUGUUCUUCACCUUCUUUUCAGACUUCUCCUCCUUUUUCUCUUCAUCUCCUCC